GAGGAGGAGGAGGAGGAAGAAUGCAGCGGGAGGUCCUCCAGCUCGGGAGGUAUCCCCGCGGCGCCCGAUGGAGGGUGGGGAUGGCUGAUCAUGAUAGCGUCCUUCUGCUGUAUCAUGAUCGUGGAUGGAGUGUGUUUCUCCUUUGGCGUGCUGGUGCCGGAGUACAUACGCGUGUUUAAUGUGUCCCACACGCAAGUAGGAUGGGUGGGAUCUACGUUGGCUGGCAGUUAUCUGCUCGUUGGUCCGUUUGUGAGCGCGAUGUGUGCGCGGUACGGCUGUCGCAAAGUGACCAUGGCGGGGAGUGUGGUGUCUAUGGUGGGCUUCUGUUUGAGCACCUUGUCUACCAGCAUUGAGAUGCUUAUGGUGACUUAUGGAGUUAUUGGAGGUGUGGGUUUCGGAAUGAUCUACCUCCCCAGCAUCGUGUGUGUGGGCUACUGGUUCGACAAAAAGCGCGCCUUCACAACGGGCAUCGCGCUGUGCGGCUCCGGCGUGGGCCAGUUCCUGUUUGCUCCGUUGGCCCGCUACCUUCUGACGGAGUAUACCUGGCAGGGGAUGAACAUGAUCAUGGCGGGGAUUGUCUUCAAGUGCGCGGUGUGUGGUAUGCUCUUCCUCCCCGUCGAUAAACGUACGAAGAUGUGGCCGCGUAAGCCCACGCAGUCCCGCGUGGAGAUUGAGCGGGGUACCAUCAUGAAGGCGCUGAUCGAGGAUAAGAAACGGCAGAGGACCAUCUCCAACGGGUCGCUGGACAACUGCAUCAUCACCCGCGACAACCGCCUGGUCAAGCUGGACCCCAAGAUUUUCGAGCUAAAGAGGAAUAACUCCCUCAUCGCAAAGUUCAAGCGCCAGAUGGGAUUCAGCUCGCAGAGCCUGGCCAAUUCGAAAAACAGCCUUCAGGGGAUUCCCAGUAUUGUGAUAGACGCCGUGCAGAAAGACUUGAACAAUGGCGGCAGCGCGGGAUCGCCGAUUUACCAGCCCAAUGGCACGCGAGUUCAGCAGCUCUCGCAGACGCACCUGCAGAAACGGGGGUCGCUGCCCGACGGACGCGGCUCGCUUCCCAUCGUCGCUAACGGCAACGGUGCGAUUGUUUCUAACGGGAAUUUCCACCACCACCCCCACGUUGUGUCUAACGGUUGCGUGAGCGCGGGAGGAGGCGGGAUGCUGCACAAUAACGGGUCGAUCAACCCGUCCAGCGUUAACGGCGGGGGUACCGGGAUGCCCAAAACUCGAAGCUGCGACCGUCUGCCCAAUGAAGACCCGUGGCUGCGACAGUGCGACCAAGACGCUCUCGUCAAUGCGGUGGCCGGCGGAGAGUUGCGGGGACUGAGCCUACAGGAUGUGGUCGGGGCGCCCGUGUUGACUCGCUCGGCCAGCGACCUGCCAUCGUCACAAGGGUUGCCUUCCCUUGACGGUAGCGUCAUCAGUAUCCAGGUCAUACCUAACGGCGCCUGCGGAGUAGGAAACAGCGCUAUGGGGCUGAGGCACAGAUCCAGUAACUCCAUGGGUGAGUACUCGACCCAGCUGACCGGCUCACAGGCUUCCUACGUGUCGCUGGGGAGUGUGGUGAGCGUGCCGCAGGUGCAGGCGAGCCUGGAGGAGCUGGAGCGCGAGAUGGCGCGGCAACAAUCCAUGUGGUGGCGCUGGUGGCGUAUCCUCAAGGAUAUGUUUGACUUGACGCUACUCUUCAACCCCGUGUUUGCGCUGUUGGUGUUUUCUAGCUUCAUUACUUUGCUAGCGUUCUUCGUGCCCUACUUCUACCUCCCGGAGAAGGGUCGCAUGAUGGGAAUGUCUGCCGACUCCGCCACGUUCCUCAUCUCCAUCGUGGGAAUCACCAACACUGUGGGCCGUGUGGUGUCGGGAUGGUUCGCCGACCGACCUUGGGUCAACACUCUGUACAUGAACAAUGUGGCGCUGGUGGUGGCUGGAAUCUCACUGCUGAUGUGUCCGGCCUGUGAGGACCAGAUCAUGCUGGCUGUGGUCGCCGCCACUUACGGGCUCAGUCUUGCUGUGUUUAACUCGCUGCGGUCCAUCCUCCUGGUGGAGUUGUUGGGCCUAGAGACGCUCACCAAAUCCUUCGGGCUGCUCAUCUUGUUCCAGGGCGUGGCCGCAUUCAUCGGGGCGCCUAUUGCUGGCAAGGUGAUCGACGUGACAGGCUCCGUAGACAACUCCCUGUACCUGGCCGGUGGUCUCAUCGUCCUAUCUGGCCUGCUCAUGUUCCCCAUCAGGUUCCUGCAGAAGUCGCAGAAGGGAGACAAGAAAAUGACGGUGCCCUUCCUGUCCACCGCUUUGCCCAUUAGGCAGACCCUCCGGAUUGAGUCGUCUGGCGUGUAGUUCUUCGCGCGUCUCACGGCUAGUUCCUCGUUCGUACGUUUGUUCGGAGCCAUGUGCCCAAGAAGGAAAGAAAAAAAAAAGGGAAAUAAAUUGUGAAUAAUGUGUUACGUUUUUUAUUUUCUACGUACACGAACACGGACGAGCGUGCUCGCUGACAUGGUGUGAACACAAACACUUUCGAUGAAGAAAGACGAUGAUAAUGAUGAUAAUAAUGUUCAUGAUAACAACUCCUCUCUUGUUUUGUUUUUUUUCAUCGUCAAAUAAUGUUACUGGGGAUUAGUGUUCCCCCACUUUUUUUUUUUGUAACCGUGCUGUGUUGAAGGAGGUGACGGUGGAUAGAGAGAAGGAGGAGGAGGUGACGGACUGUGGAUAGAAGAGGAAGGAGUUGAUGGCGGAUAGAGAGAAGAAGGAGUUGGUGGAUAGAGAGAACUGACUCAAGUCAUGUACAGAAACAGAAGCACAAACAACAACAGAUGACUGCUCUCUCCGCUCCUGCUGCAGGAUUUCGAAAAAAAAUAAUUUUUUAUUAUAAAAAAAACACAAAAACCAAACCCCCUUUUACUCUGAACAUGAUGUGUUUUUUGUGUUUUUUUUGUCUCUGGGAGAUGAAAUUUUGGAGAAUUUUUAUUCUGUCUGUCACCGUCAAUACUGAGUUGAGACUAAAAUGGCCUACCUUUGUGUAUAUGUGUGUGUGUGGGGAUGUGUGUGUGUGGGCGUGCGCGUUGUGGGAUGUGAGAAGAUGAAUGGGAUAUGUUAUGUGUGAUGUGAGAGACUCCACCUUAAUGCCCCUAUGUUACCCGACUCUGGCAUUAAUUGUAUUACUGUGAAUAAAAAUAAACAAGUUCUUUUUCGACUUGUGGAUAAUUAAGCAAGAUUUUUAUGUAUGAAGUUGUUGUACACCAAAUUCUGUUUUUGCUGAGGUAAUGUUCCUCAAGUCACUCACGGAAUAAAUUUUUAUGAAAACUAGAUAUAUGUCAAAUUCCUUUCUUUGGUCAUUUUUCUACUAAUACCUUUUGAGUUAAUUAUUUCUAAAACUUAUUUUACAGAUGAUACAUUUACAAAUCUGACACAUUAACGGAAGUAUUUUGUCUGUCAAGUUAUUUUUGCCACGAAUAUCUUUCGGGGAUGGGAUGGAAACUUUACUAGAUAUUAACCUGAGGUGCAUAGGACGAUGUCUGUCUGUCUUUCUUUUCAUAAGCUAACAAAAUAUGUCUGAAGUUUUCUUCAAUUUUCUCUCCCUCUCUAUUUCGAAAAAUGAGGAGUAAGGUUUUUGGUGUGUGUGUGUCGUAAAGCGGAGUGUAGAAUGGUGUGUGACCUUGGUGAAGGACUUUCAACAGCUACACUGCGGUGGCUGGGAGAGAUACGGAUAGACUGAGUGGGUGAGAGAGAUAAAGAUAGACGGAGUGAGUGAUUGAGGGGAGUUAGUGAGUAUGUGGUUGUGGAGGUUCCCACAAGAAUGUGUGUUAGUAUUUGGCAUUUGGCAUUUGUCUGGA